AUGCAAGCUCAUACAAAUGUUUAUGAGUUUGAAGCUGAGCCUUAAGUAUCUCAUCCAAAGUAUCGAGAUUAAGACAUUUAUGAAGAAUUGACUGAUCUUCCAGAUAAUGAAUCAUAAAUCAAACCAGAUUAUUAUAUAGAUCGACCUGUAAUUGUAACUUAAUACUCAAGUCAACUCCUGAAUACAAGCCUUUACCAAAGGGAAUUGAUAGACAAACAUAAAUUGAAACUUAUGAGCCAGAUUUAUUUGAUUAUAAAUUAGAAGUGGAGCCUGUGUUAUAGGUUUUAGUUGGGAAAUCUGUUGAAUAGGCUAGAAUGGAAUUGAUUGAGGAAUCAGAAAGAGAAGAAUUGCAUAUAUAAAAGGCUGCUUUUGAAAAAAAAAGAAAUGCUGAAUUAAUGGUAACAUAGAGGAUGGAAGCAGCCUAUGUAAGGAGAAGAGAAGAACGAGUACUUAAAAUAGGCUAUUAUAUUUUAGGAAAGAAGAUUAUUACAGCACAAAUUAUAUCAAGAUUAGAUGAAACUGUCAUAAUAGAAAUAUAUAGCUCGAGUGCUCUCCAAACUUGUUAUGAAAGGAGUUAAUUCAAGGAUCUUGAAUGAUCUCCAGAAUUUAGGUGUAUUGAGGAAUGAUCAUUUCCUUGAACUUAAAGUAAACACUAUCCCUUGGCUUAUCGAAAGAAUCAAAUAGAAUUGUAAUAAUAUUGAGACUUCUUAAAAUGGUCUCUAAUCAUUUUUAGAAGAAAUCUAAACCCCAAUUAUUCAAGAGCAUUCAUUAUAUUAUAAAAAAGAAUAAUAAAAGAGAUAAGAACAUCUUGAUAGACUAGAAAAGAGAAGAAUUGAAAUUGAGGAAAAAAAAAAGAGAAAAGCAGAAAUAAAAAGAAGAAGAGCAAUAAAGGAAAAAAGAGAAGUCUAAAGAAGUGCAUUAUAUAAUCUAACACUUUCUAAGGCUGAAUCAUCAAAUUCUAUCUUUUAAGUUAAUAUAUAGGAAGGAAUAGCUGAAGUUGGAUAAAAAGGAGUUGUAUUGCAUUAGGAUCUCUUUUUACUUUUAGCUGAAGGCAUAGAUCUUAUCACAGGUGAUCAACUUGAUUAAAUUGAUGAAUCAAUAAUAUAGACUAUUUGGUUGGAUCUUUUAAUGAAUAAAUGCAAUUAGUUUAAUAUCACUAUCAAUUCAGCUAUGCAACCCAUUAUUUAAGAAGCAUUGAAUAAAAUAGAUGAAGAUCUAUAUGUGUUUGAAAAAAAUGCAAAACAAUUAACUAUUGAAUUCUUAAGGAGUCAAUCCCCUUUUUGGUCAUCUUAUGUAUCAUAACAAUUUGUAAUUAAUAUUAGAAAAGCUAUUUUGAAUAAAUUGCUUGAUGGUUUCUUUGAAAUUUAUUUUAAAUCAGUAAAUUAUAAAGAAUCUAUAUAAAAAUCUGAAGUUUAAAUUAAAUCAGAUGAUAUUGAUCCAUAAUAAAAUCCUGAAUAAUCUUCUUAAUAGACAGAAGACUAAUAAUAAUUAUAAUAAGAUUAAUAAUAGAUUCAAAGUUAACAGAAAGAAGAUCCCUAUCAAAAGCCAGAAAUAACUUAACAUGAUUUAGAUAUGGUUGAAGCAAAAAAAAAAAUUAAUAUUAUCUUUAAAUAGCCUUAAAUUCAACUUGAAAAUAUCACUGCUAUAGUUAAUUUAUUGGUUCCUUAUUUUGAAGAAGAAUAGACAUAAGAUUAAAAUUAGUAAUAAUAACAAUAAACUGAAGAAGUUUAACAAGAUCAAUCUAUUUAAAAUGUAGAACCUGCUAAACCUGUUGGUAAAUGGGAUUUUGAUCCUAAAACAAUUGAUAUAUAUGAUGGUGAAUAACCAUUAAUUCAAGAAGGGAUUAGAUAAACAGUAGAUUCUUUAUAUUAAUACUAAUUUUAAGAGUCAGUGAUUGUAAAUGAUGAGAGAGCAAUAGAAUUUGGUAGAAUACAAAUUUACAAUUUUUUAAAAGAAAAGUAAUUAAUUUUUCAAUAUUUAAAUAGAUUGGAAUCUUUUAUGAAUGUACCAGAUUUUUAAAGUUUGUAAUUUCAUAAAAUCAAACAUACUCAAGCUAAUGUUCCAAUCUUUGAUUUUGAAUUAUGA